AUGGCGGAUAGCGCGCCAUCUACAGAUUACGCUCCAAGUGAAAUGCCGGCUUCUGAAAUGGGAGAUGCAACUCCAGCUGCAGAGUCUCCCGGCGGAUUCCCUCCUUACCCGCCCUAUGCCACAGAAUCGGUUCCGCCUUCGGUUGCCGAUACAAUUCUGGCAGGUCGAGAUUUAAGAGUCCAGCAUAAAUCAUUGCCAAAAGAGACCGUAAGACCACCGCCAAAACCAGCUAAGCCUAAAGGACCAAAGGCUACUGAUGUGAAACUAUCACGACGCGCUGCAAGAGCCCACGCGCGGUGCCUACGACGUCACGGUGCUGUGCUCACAGACAGACUGGAGCGGAUGUCCAAGCCUCCAAUUCGCAGCAUCAUUUAUUUGUGGCGGCAAUAUGCACAUACUCUCCCAGCGGACACAAUUGCUCGACUACGAACGAUGUUAGACGCAGAUCAGCCCUUCAAACCAGAGCAAGCUUAUGAAUACUUUAUUAAUCUCAAGAAGUCCAAGAAGAAGGGGACCACGAUGAAGGUUAAUCAGAUUAAGAAGGAUAUUCUGGCAUUGUGUGGCGAUAAGAGGUUCGUCUGGGCGCGAAAUGCCACGGUGGCUUUCGCGAGAGGCAUUCAGCAACGGCUUUCCAAACCUGGGUCAUAUGCACUUGCGGAUGGCAUGUUACGGUUGUCGAACAUAAUUUUAGAAGACCUGUGUUCAUACAUGCAUACGAGACCGCCUUCGAGACGGUCGACACAUCCCAAAGCUAAGUUCAUGAUGGAAAUGGCGGAUAAGGUCGCCGUGUGGAUUGAUGAGAUACUUUGCGAAUCUGAAGACAGGAUGCUAAUGAUGGACUUCGACGAAGACGAAGACCUCGUAGAAGCCGAUGAAGCAGGCGAUGCCGGGUUUGCUGAUGACUUCCUCAAUAUGAUGGGAGGAGACGGCGGCCUGCUGAAAUUACGUGGGUACCAAUAA